AUGAUCGACAUUACUUGGGAUACUCCCGAGACCAGCGGCCAUAGUCGCAAGGCAUCCACUAUCCAUGGCUGGGUGACCAAGAUGCGUGGCACGCUCGUAGACGACGAACGCAUACGGAAGCAGGGCAUUCGCGAGAUGGAACAUGCCCGCCGCAUCCGGGAGUGGAAGAAGGAGAAAGGGAUCGAGGAGCAGAACAACCUCCUCUUCUCCUUCGUCCCGAAGAAGCCGCCGCAGCCCAACAAUCAGCCGUCCCCAGCUCACUCAGAAGGCUUACUCAGCUCCGAAUGGUCGUCUGCUCAGAGAUGCGACGCGUUCGGGGACGACCUCUCCGCCGAGCGGCCAGCUGGUCAGGGCCGGAACGCAGGUUAG